UCUGCAGUUGUUUUUAAACUGAAUUAACGGUUGAAUUUUUUUUUCAAAUUUAUUUUUUAAUUUUUUUACUUUUAAAAUUAUAAUAUUUGUGAUACAGAAUUCAAACAGUGAAAGAAAUAAAACACCACAAUGACAACCGAAUUUGUCAAAGGUUGGCUGUUGCUCGAUACACUGGGCGAAGGUCGUUUUGGCGAAGUUAAAUUAUUAAUGAACAAAGAUAGCCGUGAUAUGGUUGCCGUCAAAGUAUUGGCCGUUAAAAACAUUGAACACGACAAACAGAUUAAAAAGGAAAUCUGCAUCCAUAAAAAUCUUCGACAUGAGAAUAUCAUAAGUUUUUAUGGUACUCGUCGUGAUGAACAAUCACAAAUUGAAUAUAUAUUCUUGGAAUAUGCUCAAAAUGGUGAACUAUUCGAACAUAUUGAACCAGAUGUCGGAAUGGAACGAAUAAAAGCAGCAAAAAUUUUUAUUCAACUAUUGAACGGUGUUGAAUAUAUACAUCAACGUGGAAUCGUACAUCGUGAUUUAAAACCGGAAAACUUAUUGCUUGAUAAGAAUUAUAUGUUGAAAAUUGCAGAUUUUGGUAUGGCUACAUUGUUUCGUCACAAUGGAAAGGAACGAUUAUUGACACAAAUGUGUGGUUCCAUACCGUAUAUUGCACCCGAAGUUCUUCGUAAUCAACCACAUUAUGCGGAACCAUUGGAUAUAUGGAGUUGUGGUAUCAUACUGGUAGCAAUGUUAUCUGGUGAAUUACCAUGGCUAGAAGCUACCGAAAAGAAUGAACAUUAUCAAAAAUGGAUCCGUGGCCGUUAUAGUUUACAUUUGAACCCAUGGUUAAAAAUCGAUACGAUAACCAUUGCAUUAUUGAAGACAAUUUUUGAAUCUGAUCCAUCGAAACGAGCACGUUUUGAUCGAAUUCGUUCACAUCGUGCUUAUAUUAAUUUGAAAAAUCUUAUCGAUUAUGAUAAAGAUUCCGGACGAAAAUCAUCAUUAUAUAAACGUCAUGUUCCUUCUGUUGACAGUUUUGCAUCACAACCACAACCAAAACUUGUUGCAAGCCAAGCAAUGAUGACUUGUCAAAAGGAUGAUGAUUGUGAUCGAGAAAAUAUGACAGAUGAAACCGAUUACGAUUAUUGUGGCAACAGUUGGACAUCAUUUUCGCAACCAAAUCGUAUUCAAGACAUGUUUCUAUCGACUCAGACACAGAUGGAAUUAGGUGGUGGUACUUCACAAGGAAUCACUCCCCCAGAAAUGACCAUAUAUUUUCGUGUCGUACGUCGUAUGACAAGAUUUAUGUCGAUGAAAAAUUUCUCAGCCACAAUUAAAGCAUUGGAACGAGCAUUCGAUGAUUUACAAUGGUCUUGGAAACGGCAAAUGAUUGGACAGUAUAAAAUACAGAUUAUCUGUAAUCGACGAAAUCAAAUACCAUUGAUAUUUCGAUCAACUGUAAAUGAUAUGUCAAAGGGUAAAAUUCUUGUCGAUUUUCGUCUUGCCAAAGGUGAUGGUAUUGAAUUUAAACGACAAUUUUUAACCAUAAAAAAUCUACUUAAACCAAUCAUACAAUCAUAUGGACACAAUGUUCUACAGGAAGAUAUUCUCAAUGAUGAUUCUAACUUGGAUUAAUGAAUGAUUGAAUUAGGA